GUUAGAGCUUGAAGAAAAGACCGGAUUUAGCAGUUAGCAAUGACAAACUUGAAAAACUCUCCGCCUGCAAUUCGAUCGCUGCGCAAAGCGUUUCUCCGACUCAACUACUGCUUCAUCAGUAAGAGAUGGUGUUCCUCCAAGCGGAAAAACAAAGCGAUACGAUCGAUCCUGGUAGCCAAUAGAGGAGAAAUCGCGAUACGCGUAUUUCGCGCCUGUAAUGAACUGGGCAUCAAGUCGGUGGCCAUCUACUCGGAGCAGGACAAAAUGCAAAUGCAUCGCCAGAAGGCAGACGAAUCAUAUAUGGUCGGCAAGGGCCUGGCACCGGUGGAAGCCUACCUCAACAUUCCAGAGAUCAUUCGCAUUUGCAAGGAAAAUGACAUUGAUGCAGUGCAUCCCGGUUAUGGUUUCCUCUCCGAGCGCAGCGACUUCGUUCAGGCCGUUAACGAUGCCGGAGUUCGAUUUAUCGGCCCCUCGCCCAAGGUGGUGCAGAACAUGGGGGACAAGGUGGCUGCACGUACUGCAGCAAUAGCUGCGAAAGUACCCAUUGUCCCUGGAACAGAUGGCCCAGUUACUUCUAAGGAGGAAGCCUCGGCGUUUUGCGAAAAGAAUGGUCUUCCCGUCAUUUUAAAGGCCGCUCAUGGCGGUGGCGGUCGUGGCAUGCGUGUGGUUCGCAAAAUGGAAGAAGUGGCAGAGAACUUCGAGCGUGCCAGCUCCGAGGCCAAGGCAGCAUUUGGCAACGGCGCAAUGUUCAUUGAGAAGUAUAUUGAACGACCACGUCAUAUUGAAGUCCAGAUAUUGGGGGACAAGACUGGCGAGGUAGUGCAUCUAUAUGAACGCGACUGCUCUAUUCAGCGUCGCCACCAAAAAGUCGUUGAGAUUGCGCCUGCUCCACGUCUGCCUGCUGAGACUCGCGACAAGAUGACCGAGGCAGCAGUCCGGCUGGCCAAGCAUGUGGGAUACGAGAAUGCUGGCACUGUGGAGUUCCUCUGCGACGAGUCCGGAAACUUCUACUUCAUCGAAGUGAACGCCAGGUUGCAGGUGGAGCACACAGUGACUGAGGAGAUUACCGGCAUUGAUUUGGUUCGAUCUCAGAUACGCAUUGCCGAGGGUAAAACUCUCAAGGAGCUGGGUCUCACCCAAGAGAAGAUUGUGCCACGUGGCUUUGCUAUUCAGUGCCGCAUAACCAGUGAGAAUCCGGAACAGGGUUUCCAGCCUGACAUGGGACGCAUCGAAGUAUUCCGUUCCGGCGAGGGUAUGGGCAUACGAAUAGACGGCGCCUCGACCUAUCCUGGCGCUAUCAUCUCGCCCUACUACGACUCGCUGCUGGUCAAAGUGAUAGCCCAUGCCAGUGAUCUGGAAAUCGCAGCAUCUAAAAUGAGUCGAGCACUGCGUGAGUUUCGUAUUCGGGGUAUCAAGACGAAUAUUCCAUUCCUGCUAAAUGUGUUCAACAACGAGAAGUUCUUACUCUGCGCAUUGGAUACUCACUUCAUAGAUGAAAAUCCAGAUCUUACUAAGCCCUCAGUCUUUAUCCACAAUCGCGCGCAAAAGCUUUUAAUGUAUUUGGGUGAAGUUUUGGUCAACGGACCCAUUACGCCAUUGGGUACAUCUUUAAUGCCAUUAAAAGUCAAGGUACAGGUGCCCGAAUUACCCAAAGAGACGGAGCCGCCGCCGGGUCUACGCGAGAUCCUUAAGUGUGAGGGUCCCGAAGCGUUUGCCAAGGAGGUGCGCUCCCGAAAGAAUUUACUUUUGAUGGAUACUACUUUCCGGGACGCCCACCAAUCUCUGUUGGCCACGCGUGUGCGCACCCAUGACUUGCUCAAAAUAUCCCCUUAUGUGGCGCACAAGUUUAGCAAUCUGUAUUCACUGGAGAACUGGGGUGGAGCCACAUUCGAUGUAGCUCUACGGUUUCUAUACGAGUGCCCAUGGGAGCGCCUAGAGGAGAUGCGCAAGCUCAUUCCAAACAUUCCAUUCCAAAUGCUGUUGCGCGGCGCCAAUGCCGUUGGAUACACCAGUUACCCAGACAAUGUGGUCUACAAGUUCUGCGAACUAGCGGUGCAAACUGGCAUGGACAUUUUCCGAGUGUUCGAUUCCCUCAACUAUUUGCCCAACUUGAUCCUCGGCAUGGAGGCAGCAGGCAAGGCAGGCGGAGUUGUAGAGGCGGCCAUCUCCUACACCGGAGAUGUGGGAGAUCCCAAGAGAACCAAAUACGAUCUCAAGUACUACACAAACUUGGCUGACGAGCUCGUCAAGGCGGGCACUCACGUCCUCUGCAUCAAGGACAUGGCGGGCCUGUUGAAGCCAGAGUCGGCUAGGCUGCUGAUCACUGCCAUCCGCGACAAGCAUCCCGAUCAUCCCGAUGUUCCAAUCCAUGUCCACACUCAUGACACUUCGGGUGCCGGUGUUGCGUGUAUGAUCGCCUGCGCUCAGGUCGGAGCUGAUGUUGUGGAUGUGGCCGUCGACUCGAUGUCUGGAAUGACAUCACAGCCAAGUAUGGGAGCAGUUGUCGCCUCUCUGCAGGGCACUCCCUUGGACACACAGCUGAACCUAGGAGAUGUUUCUCAAUAUUCUGCGUACUGGGAGCAAACUCGUAAUCUCUACGGACCAUUUGAAUGCACCACGACAAUGAGAUCAGGAAAUGCCGAUGUCUAUCUGAACGAAAUACCCGGGGGUCAAUAUACCAAUCUGCAGUUCCAGGCGUUCUCCCUAGGUCUAGGUGAUUUGUUUGAGGAAGUGAAGAAAGCGUACAGAGAAGCCAAUAUUAUUCUGGGAGACAUAAUUAAGGUCACUCCAUCGUCAAAGGUUGUGGGUGACUUGGCUCAGUUCAUGGUUCAGAAUAAGCUCAGUCGUGCUCAAGUUUUGGAAAAGGCCAAGGAGUUGUCGUUUCCCAAAUCGGUAACUGAGUACCUACAGGGAUAUAUGGGUAUUCCGCAUGGCGGCUUUCCAGAGCCAUUUCGAUCCGAUGUUCUUAAGGAUAUGCCUCGAAUUGAUGAGAGACCUGGUAGUAAGCUUGAACCAUUAGAUUUCGACAAGCUAAAAGCGGAACUACUUAAAAGUCAUGCAAAAAUUUCUGACAGAGAUCUUAUGUCAGCGGCGCUUUAUCCGGAAGUGACCAAAGAGUUCCUGCAAAACCGUCUAAAAUUUGGCUGUAUCGAUAAGCUUGACACGCGAAUCUUCAUCGUGGGCCCCGAAAUGGGUGAAGAGCUCGAAGUUAGCCUAGAGCGUGGCAAGGUAUUGUUCAUAAAGCCAUUGGCCAUAGCCAACGACCUCAGAGCGAAUGGCACACGCGAGGUGUUCUUUGAAAUGAACGGGGAAAUGCGUUCAGUCCACAUUCCCGACAAGGAGGCUCUAAAGGUUAUCCGAGUGCAUCCGAAGGCCAGGUCAGAUGUAAAAGGUGAAGUUGGCGCCCCAAUGCCAGGUGAUGUUAUUGAUAUACGUGUCAAGGAAGGCGACAAGGUCGAGAAGGGUCAGCCCAUUGUCGUGCUAUCAGCUAUGAAAAUGGAAAUGAUCGUUCGAUCUCCAGACUCAGGUACUGUUAAGAAAAUAGAAGUGAAGAAAGGAAUGAAAUUGGCAGGGGACGAUCUACUGCUGGUCCUGGAAUGAUUGAAUCUAUAU